AGCAACUCAAUUUGACUCCCUAAAGACACAAGUUUCUCCCUUCUAUCGUUUCUUACCUUCCCGAUAGAGUCGCACAUCGUGACUAUUUCUGUGUCAAUCCGGCUCCCAGGCUUCUUACAGCUUGACGGUUCCCGCUCCGUCGCGUCCGAUCCUGUUCAUUGCUGGCAUCAGCCUACGACCCUCUCUUGCGAAACAACCAAUGAACCGCUCCAGUGUGAUCGUCGACGACGACGAUGAGGAUGAUGAAUUUGCGGGGAUUGAGAGUAUAACGGCUAGUCAGUGGGUCAGAGACCCAAUCGUCAAUCGACAUGGUGGACCAAGCAGUAGUAGCAAGCAUUCUUCACAAGAUGCUACAGAACGGCGACAGUUCCAAACUCCCGAACUCUCACAUUUCAACACCUCGGACCCGGUCUCACUUCCUGUCCCACAAACUCCAUGUAGUUCGCCCCGUCAAUCACAUCCGUCGACUCCUAUCAGCUGGUCUCCUUCCCCUCCUCCUUUACCAUCGCGGAUACGCAAGGCUUUCCCGGGAGCCAUAGAAGACAAAGAGAAUGUGCCUCCUUCGUCCGGGUCGACAGAGCGGGCUAGCAAGGGAAGUUUGGGAAAGAGUAAACGACGUAGGAUGGUGAUAGAUUCGGAGGAUGAAGAAGUGAUAACCGCCCAGAAGCAGAGAAACGAUAAGGGGAAGGGGAAGGAACCAGAAGUCAUUGAGAUACUCGAUGAGUCGAUGCCAGAUGAAAGAUGGAUAGGGCAUGUCGAUUACAACCCGACUGAGGAUUAUUAUGACCCGUAUGACGAACCUUACGAUAAUUAUGAUCCCCUGCCUUUCAACAACCAAGAUCCUGUCUCUACAUCCCCGCGGCCGCUGGGUGAUAUACCCCACAUUGAUCCGAUCCAGCACCCUCCAGACGGACCGGUAGCAGCGACAUCUGUCCUCGGGACCAUGGACUAUCCUCUCACCAUGAUUUCAGACCUCGAUGAUCGGCUACAAGAGUUCUAUACCACGCACUUUCGCAGAGGUGCCGAUAAAGAUAUCAACAGCGCUUUGAAAAAUCCUAGGGCGGCUGGUGAUGAUGAUGAGAGCGGUACGAGGGGGGGAAAGGCCAAGAAGGCUACCUCGUUCAGAAAAAAAUCUUGGCCGCGGAGGGGAUGGAAUAACACUAGCUCCAGAAGCAGAAGCAAAGCGAAGAAGAAGUAGGAGUAGAGAGUAAUAGCGUUGGUUGUACAGUAUUCACCGUAUCAUUGUAUAAUCCUUCAUUUCAUGCGCUGUGAUUUGGUCGAACACGCAAAACCCGCAACCCGUAUAUUGUCUAUCCAAAGGCCCAAAAAUGCAUAGAUGAUGGCACCAGGCCGGUACAGAUAAUGCAACCC